UUCCUGUUGUUGUCUUGUUAGGAUGUCCAUCAAAUGCAUGCAUUUCCUGCCCUUGCUCUGAAUAGUAACAGUGGUCUGCGACCACACUGUGCCAGAGUGAGGCACAGACACCAGCCGCAGCCAUCCCAGCAACCAUCGUCUGUGCUCACUCUGAAUGGGAGUACAGUUGUUAAGAUGACUACGCAUAGCCAAAGAUGACUUUGAACUGAGUCUCCUGCUGUCACCCCCAAGUGCUGGGACUACAGCCAAGGCUUCUGUGCCAGACUCCGUAGAAGCCAAAGCGUGUCCAUGGAGGGAUGCUGGGGACUGGAGGUGACCAAUGGCUCAAAGAGCGGCUUGGAGUUCAACCCGAUGAAGGACUACAUGAUCCUGAGCGAUGCCCAGAAGAUCGCUGUGGCGGUGCUGUGUACCCUGCUGGGCCUGCUAAGUGCCCUGGAGAAUGUGGCAGUGUUGUAUCUUAUCCUGUCCUCCCAGCGGCUCCGCAGGAAGCCCUCGUACCUGUUCAUCAGCAGCUUGGCUGCAGCCGACUUCCUGGCCAGUGUGAUCUUUGCCUGCAACUUCAUCAUUUUCCACGUCUUCCACGGCGUUGACUCCAAGGCCGUCUUCCUGUUGAAGAUUGGCAGCGUGACCGUGACCUUCACAGCCUCUGUGGGCAGCCUGCUGCUGACUGCUGUGGAUAGAUAUCUAUGUCUGUGCUACCCACCCGCGUACAAAGCUCUAGUCACCCGUGGGAGGGCACUGGUGGCCCUUUGUGUCAUGUGGGUCCUCUCGGCGUUGAUCUCCUACCUGCCACUCAUGGGAUGGACCUGUUGCCCUAGUCCUUGCUCUGAGCUCUUCCCUCUCAUCCCCAAUGACUAUCUCCUGGGCUGGCUCCUGUUCAUUACCAUCCUCUUCGUCGGCAUCAUCUACACCUAUGGCUAUGUUCUCUGGAAAGCCUACCAGCACGUAGCCAGCUUGGCAGAGCAUCAGGACAGGCAGGUGCCUGGGAUAGCUCGGAUGCGGCUAGAUGUGAGGUUGGCCAAGACCCUGGGGCUGGUACUGGCUGUUCUGCUCCUGUGCUGGUUCCCUGCAUUGGCUCUCAUGGGCCAUAGCCUGGUCACCACGCUGAGUGACCAGGUCAAGGAGGCCUUUGCCUUCUGUUCCAUGCUGUGCCUGGUUAACUCUAUGGUCAACCCUAUCAUUUAUGCCCUGCGAAGUGGAGAGAUCCGCUCUGCUGCCCAGCACUGCCUGGUAGGCUGGAAGAAGUAUCUACCGGGCCUCGGGACUGAGGGAAAAGAAGAAGUGCCAAAGUCCUCAGUUACAGAGACAGAGGCUGAUGUGAAAACCACCGCGGUGCCUGGUUCCAGAAGUCCGGGCUGCUCCAAUUGCUGACGGCACCAUUUUUCCUAUUGGAAACAGCCUGAGUGAGAAAUCAGCUCACUCCCUCAAGGAGAGGGGCAUCCCAGAUCCUGAAUCUUUCGGGAAUCAGCUCUAGGGGACUGGACACAGACCCCUUUGCUUGACUUCAUGGCUGGAGGUCAUGUCUACCUGCACAGACCAUGGCAGGCUCUCUUCACAUCAAGUCAGGAGGGACCAAGAAGCCAGAGGGGCCUCCAGGAACCGUAAUAAAGGAUUCAGAGGCUAUCUGAGAAGAUGAAGGACCUGUUCUCCUGGGAUCGCAGAGUACCCUGGCCAUUGUGGUCACUGCCCACAAAUUCAUCAGUGUCCACGUCUUCUAUGGUGUGGAUUCCAGGCUGUCCUGCUGGAGACUGGCAGUGACAGCAGCGAGUUCUGGUUCCUGCUUCAUUGUUUGGGACUCUGUAAAGCUCUGUGAGGGUCCACCUUCAGGUCACCCUUGCCUCUUGAAGAUCAAGAAAUACGGUGUGCUGAGGAUCAAGGAUGUUGACUCAGACAAUCACAGGCUGUCAGCUCAGGGUGUCUUGUUGGGCAAGGGCCCUCCUGAUACUCUGAUAAGCCUUGAAGUCAUUUCAGCUUUAGGUCCUUGGGGACCCAGAGGAGGCUGGGUUCACUGGAGGUACAGAAUCUUCAGGGAACUGCAUUGACCUUUUGACAUUCUGCUGUGUGUAGUGUAGCACUAUCCCAGGCUAGCCUAGCUCCAGUAAAAUGCAAGAUAUUCACAAAGAGUCUCUGGGUCCUGGAUUGCUCCCAGUGAUGCUCAACUUAGCCUCCUUGCCUCUGCCACACUCUGGUCCUGCAGGUAGAGGGAGCUGGAGAGGGGAGACUUCCUGCAGUGGUCCAGGCACAGGCUGACAUCCUCUAUCCGCAGCUCCAUGCUGUGUCCCCAUGUACCUGAAUUUUACCUUCACCAAGGGGCAUCCCCAACAGAGGGAGGUUCAAGACACUGCUGGAGGCAGGAGGGGUAGCCUGGGGACCUCAGCACCGUGAAGGGAAAGCUCUCCAUUAAAUGUCAUUGAACACUUA